GUAUUGCCGUGAGCAAGUCCCUUCACAACGAACCAAACAAGGCCAUUGGAACAGCAGCUGGCAGCUAAAACAAAAACUGACCACGUCACAUAGUAUUUGCAUUCCGCACACCCAAACAAUAACAACAAAAUGAGCAAAGUAACAUUUAAAAUAACUCUCACAUCGGAUCCCAAGCUGCCAUUCAAGGUGCUCAGCGUGCCGGAGGCAACGCCAUUCACAGCUGUGCUCAAAUUCGCCUCGGAGGAGUUCAAGGUGCCCGCAGAGACAAGCGCCAUCAUCACAGACGACGGCAUUGGCAUCAGUCCGCAGCAGACGGCGGGCAAUGUGUUCCUCAAGCAUGGCUCCGAGCUGCGUCUCAUACCCAGAGAUCGUGUGGGGCACUAGCCUACAGCUUAGACUUAGAUUCUUAUCCGUUUAUUAACCGUGCAUAGAGAUUUUAUUUUCCCCGAAUUAAACAUGUAAAACUA